AUGGGUCGCUUUGGUUUCUUGUCCCUGGCUCUCCUUUCUGUCCAGGCCUUGAUUGGCGGCAGUCUCGCGGCGGAUGCUGCUGAGAAGGAGGAUCUCCCUGAAACCCAAUUGCUUUCUGUCACGGCCCACGCCUCCUUCCCUGCCUCCGAGAUCUUUGGUGUCAAGCUUGUCAAUGGCUACCCGACCGAGGCGCUGAUCACUUUCGCCAAUGAGGAGGAAUCUCCCGUGACUGUGAACUUCAUUGGUGGUUCCUUGUCGGCAGUUGAAGGAGAAAGCAGCCAGAUUGUUCGCAACCUGACUGCGCACCGUUACAGCGUUGAGAUCCCGGCCGGUCAGCAGGAGAGCGUCAGCUACAGCUUCGCCACCGAAAUGCACCCCCAGGAUUUGCUGCUCACCCUCGCUUCCGUCAUCUCUGAUACCGAUGGCAACCUCUUCACUCUCUACGCCUACAACGGCACUGUCAGCGUUGUUGAGCCGGAGACCAGCAUCUUUGACCCUCAGAUCCUCUUCCUGUACUUCUUCCUCCUGGCUUGCUUCUCUGGCGUCGUCUACUUCUUCUACACCGUCUGGAUCGCUCCCUACUUCCCCCAGAAGCGCCGCGCUGGAAAGGGCCCCGAGUACAAGAAGUCCGCUGGUGCCUCCAAGAAGGAGGCCCCCGUUGAGGCUCCCAGCAGCCCUGCUGUCUCGUCUGCCACUACCUACAACGCCGAGUGGAUCCCCGCUCACCACAUCAACCGUCCUGAGGCCAGGAAGGUCAAGGGUAGCGCCAAGGCUAAGAACCGUGCCUAA